GCCGCCUCGCCCGGACCCCGGACCCCCCGACCGGCGCCGACAUGGCCACGGUCCCCGCGGAGGCGGAGACGCGCCAGAGGCUGCUGCGCACCGUCAAGAAGGAGGUGAAGCAGAUCAUGGAGGAGGCGGUGACCAGGAAGUUUGUCCACGAAGACAGCAGCCACAUCAUUUCCUUCUGUGCGGCCGUGGAGGCCUGCGUGCUCCACGGGCUGAGGCGUCGAGCGGCGGGCUUCCUGAGGAGCAACAAGAUGGCCGCCCUCUUCCUCAAGGUGGGCAAGAGCUUCCCCCCGGCCGAGCAGCUGUCGCGCACCGUCCAGGAGCUGGAGCAGCUCAUCGACAGCACACGGAACCAGAUCCAGGGCGUCCCGGAGAACGUGCGGAAGGUCCCGAAGCUGCCCAACCUGUCCCCUCAGGCCAUCAAGCACCUGUGGAUCCGCACCGCCCUGUUCGAGAAAGUCCUGGACAAAAUCGUGCAUUACCUGGUGGAGAACAGCGGCAAAUACUACGAGAAGGAAGCUCUGCUCAUGGACCCCGUCGAUGGCCCCAUCCUCGCGUCCCUGCUGGUGGGGCCCUGCGCCCUGGAGUACACCAAGAUGAAGACGGCGGACCACUUCUGGACGGACCCCUCGGCCGACGAGCUGGUGCAGCGCCAUCGGAUCCACAGCUCCCGCUGCCGCCAGGAGUCUCCCACCAAGCGCCCGGCCCUCUGCAUCCAGAAGAGACACUCGAGCAGCAGCGCGGGCGGCGGGGGCGGCGGAGGCGGCGGAGGUGGCGUGGGCCUGGGCGGGGGCAGCCUGGACGAGCGGCCGGGGCUGUCGGCCCGGGACUACGUGGAGUCCCUGCACCAGAACUCACGGGCCGCGCUUCUCUACGGCAAGAACAACGUCCUGGUGCAGCCGAGAGACGACAUGGAGGCGGUGCCCGGUUACCUGUCCCUGCACCAGACGGCGGAGGCCAUGGCUCUGAAGUGGACUCCCAACCAGCUGAUGAACGGCUCCGUGGGGGACGUGGACUACGAGAAGAGCGUCUACUGGGAUUACGCCAUGACCAUCCGCCUCGAAGAGAUCGUCUACCUGCACUGCCACCAGCAGGUUGACAGCGGUGGGACGGUGGUGUUGGUGAGCCAGGAUGGGAUCCAGAGGCCGCCGCUGCGCUUCCCCAAGGGCGGCCACCUGCUACAGUUCCUGUCCUGCCUGGAGAACGGGCUGCUCCCCCACGGCCAGCUCGACCCCCCACUCUGGUCCCAGAGGGGCAAGGGCAAGGUGUUCCCCAAGCUGCGGAAACGGAGCCCCCAGGGCUCGGCCGACUCUGCCUCCGACAAGGAGGACGACGAGGCCGCCGACUACGUCUUCCGGAUCGUCUACCCGGGCAUGCGCUCCGACUUCGCGGCCCAGGACCUGAUGGAGGCGGCGGCGGGCCCCGGCCUCCCGGCCACCUGGCAGCCCAACGCCCGCAAGGCCUCCUGCUCCUCCUGCUCUCACGGCGGCUCGUCGGACGGUGGACCCGCCAACGGCUGCAACCACGAGAGGGCCCCACUGAAACUCCUCUGUGACAACAUGAAGUACCAGAUCCUGUCCAGGGCAUUCUAUGGCUGGCUGGCCUACUGCAGGCACCUGUGCACGGUGAGGACUCACCUGUCGGCCCUGGUGAACCACCGGAUCGUGUCUCCCGACGUGCCCUGCGACGCCAGCGCCGGGCUGACGGCGGAGAUCUGGGAGGGCUACCUGCGCGACAGCACGAGUUUGGAGGAGCAGGAGCUGCUGCGUCUGAUCUACUACGGGGGCGUCCAACCGGCCAUCCGUCCGGCCGUGUGGCCUUUCCUGCUGGGCCACUACCAGUUCGGGAUGACGGAGGCGGAGAGGAAGGAGGUGGACGAGCAGACGCAGGCGUGCUACGAGCAGACGAUGGCGGAGUGGCUGGGCUGCGAGGCCAUCGUCCGGCAGCGGGAGAAGGAGACGCACGCUGCCGCUCUGGCCAAGUGCUCCUCGGGGGCCAGCCUGGACGGACCCCUGCACAAGCUGAUGCACCGGGACUCCACCGUCAGCAGCGAGUCAUCGCAGAGUUGCAGUUCCGGCCGACAGAACCACCUCCGCCUCCAGAGUGACUCCAGCAACAGCACCCAGGUGUUCGAGUCGGUGGACGAGGCGGAGCAGGCGGAGGCGGAUUCCCGGCAGGAAGACGGGAGAGCCCCCGGGAUGGCCGACGGGACGGCGGCCAACGGCACGUGCUCCCCCGACUCCGGCCACCCUUCCUCCCACAACUUCUCCUCGGGCCAGUCGGAGCCGAGCCUAAGCACGGAGGACAGCGCCUUGGAGACCGCCCGCGGAGCCCCCCGCUCGGCCCCUCCCCGGGAAGCCGGCGGCCAGGACCCUCCGGAUUCGGACGGGACCGUCUCCGAGGGGCGGGGGGCGCCCCGGGAGGAACUGGACGUCCAGGACAGCUUGGAGGGGGACUUCCUCGCCAACGAAAGCUUGGAUGAGUUCAUGUCCAUCCCCGGGAGCAUGGAGGUGGACCCGCCGGACAAGGAGGGGCCCCUGGGAGACGCGGGGGAGAGCUGGGGGACCCGGGGGGCGGAGAAGCGGAGCCUGCUGGGGAGUGGAGACGACCUGUCCGAGGAGCCGGAGAUGGAGAGCUUGUACCCUCAGCUGGACUCCUUGGCCGUGGCCCAGUCGGCUCACGCCGAAACCUCUCCGGUGUCGUCCACCGGGGUGACCUACUCUCCGGAGCUUCUGGACAUGUACACGGUGAACCUGCAUCGCAUCGAGAAGGACGUGCAGAGGUGCGACCGCAACUACUGGUACUUCACCGCCGCUAACCUGGAGAAGCUGCACAACGUGAUGUGCAGCUACAUCUGGCAGCACAUCGAGAUCGGCUACGUCCAGGGCAUGUGUGACCUGCUGGCCCCUCUCCUGGUCAUCCUGGAUGACGAGGCCAUCGCUUUCAGCUGCUUCACCGAACUCAUGAAGAGGAUGAACCAGAACUUCCCCCACGGAGGCGCCAUGGACACGCACUUCGCCAACAUGCGGUCUCUGAUCCAGAUUUUGGACUCGGAGCUGUUCGAAUUGAUGCAUCAGAACGGCGACUACACGCACUUCUACUUCUGCUAUCGGUGGUUCCUCUUGGACUUCAAGCGAGAGCUGGUUUACGACGACGUCUUCUCCGUGUGGGAGACCAUCUGGGCGGCCAAGCACGUCUCUUCGUCCCACUACGUCCUGUUCAUCGCCCUGGCCCUGGUGGAAGUGUACCGGGAUAUCAUUCUCGAAAACAAUAUGGAUUUCACAGACAUCAUCAAAUUCUUCAACGAAAUGGCCGAACGACACAACAUCAAGCAGAUCGUCAAGCUGGCCAGAGACCUGGUGUACAGGGUUCAGACUCUGAUCGAAAACAAGUGAAGCCGGGGGCGGACCCCCCCCACCCCCACCCCGCCCGGCAGAAGCCCCCCAGCCCCCUCACGCUUGGGUUCCGUGUUGCUUCCUUCUCCAGGUACCGCUCCUGAAGGGAAAAAAUAACCCUCGCUAGCCGACCACGGGCCCGGGCUCCGCUCCUCAGAGACGGAUUCUCUCAUUUUCGCCGUCGGGAGGGCGGGAGGCGAGGGAUCGAUUUCUUCAGUUCGGCCUUAUUUUUCCGUGUUUAACCAAAGACGUCUCGUUCUCCGGAGGCGCGGGGAGCUUCGGGCCGGUGCCAUUUUCUAUCCCCGAGUUGCUGAAAACGUGAGAAAAGCUUUCCUUUUGGGGCCGGGGUUCCAGACCUUCUGCCUCCUCCUUUCCUCUCCUUUCUCACCCUCCUUCAACCUGGCUUCAGGGAGCCAGUGGUAUUUGCUGAGCGUCUCCUGUGGCGGGGGGGGGGGGUUACCCAGAAGCAAAAGAUGCUGCCUUCAAGGGGUUUACAGUCUAGAGGAGGAAUGUGCCAAUCAAUGGUAUUUGUUGAGCACCUACAGUG